UACUAACCCCAGAAACCUUCAAAAGGAACUCAACAACAGUGGCAUUAAGUUGUUGCACACCUCCCUCUACUCCAAACUACAGCUGAGCUGACAGCGAUGAAUCCUUCAAGACAUCCAGCUGAAGCUGUCCCAUUGCAGACAGGGGGGUAUGAUGGGCCCCCUGGACAGCCUGGAGGACCUACAGUGGUUCAGUACACCACCGUGAAUGUCACCACUGAGCCCCCCAAAGACCACAUCAUCUGGUCCCUCUGCUGCUUUGUCUACUCAAACCCAUUCUGCCUCGGACUGGCGGCUCUCAUCUUUUCUAUCAAGGCCAGAGACCGGAGGGUGGCUGGGGACCUGGAAGGUGCCAGACACUACGGCUCAACUGCCCGCAUCCUUAACAUUGUGUCAAGCAUCCUGGCUGCUGUUGGUGUGCUUCUAUUCAUUAUUACAUUCACUGUAACUGUGGCUGGACACAGAUACUAAAUUUCAAUUAGUGUGAGAGAUGCCUGCUGCUGUGGCUUGGUGAUACUUUCUGCUUUACACUGAUCACAUAAUUUUAGCUGCCUUACGCAUGCAAAACAGAAACUUAACAGACACUUGUUAUCUCAUUUGCAUCACAAAAGCCUUAAAUGGAACUCAUCCAUGUUUGUACAACUGCUGUGUUUGAAUGCCAGACAUUAAAUUCAGUUUUCCUGUCUUCAGCAAUUGUUUCAGUUCAUAAUUAAAGUUCAACUUUUCUGUUUCAUAA